AUGUCACCAGGCAGUCAAAUUGCGCAGCUACCUCCUCCUACUCGGCCACCUCAUUGGGCAGCGGACGGCAGCGCUACCGCCGUCCUCCCAAGCCACAAGUCGCUCGAGGACGGACGUGGCGACGCGGGCGUCGUCCGACACCGAAUACGCAAGCUCAUCACAACCGUUUCCAGCCGCCAGGGCUUGCUCACGCUGUUCGCACUCCUGGUGGGUCUGGGAAUGCUGAUGCUCUGGCUGUCGCAAAGAUCCCGCAUCGCAGUGCCCAUUCUCUUUGAUGAGGCGGAGGAGGAUGACGACCUCCGUGAGGUGGCACAAAACGCAACACGCGUUGUCACUUUGCACGGCGACAUUGCGAGCGACAAACCUUCACCCGAUCCGCUACCACCUCAGGACCCCUCGGAUCCCAUCAUAGAGACAUCCAACGAAAGUACAGCACCUGAGCAAAUUUCUGAGUCAGAUGCCGCCGAUACUGCUCAUCCGGAAGAAGAGGCGUCCGAACAAUCAACGCUCAAUCCCGACAAACCUUCACCCGAUCCGCUACCACCUCAGGACCCCUCGAGCCCCAUCAUAGAGACAGCCGACGAAAAUGCAACGUCCGAGCAAAUUUCUGAGCCAGAUACUGCCGAUAUUGCUCAUCCGGAAGAAGAGGCGUCCGAACAAUCAACGCUCAAUCCCGAAAUUCCCAAACCAGACGUCGUCCCACCUCCCAAGUUUCAGUUUUUCAUCAAUCUCACAGAAACCAAGUUCAGCGCAGUCGAAGGCGCUCGGUACAUGGCCUUUGGCUCUCCCGUGUCAGACACACUGGACGCUGCGCUGACGAGCGCAAACACUGUGCACACCCUCGACCUCGAAUCGCCGCCCAUCUUCCUGUACCUCACUGGCCACUUGCGAACGUUUGUGCAGACGGCGUCUGAGCUCCAGCGGUUUGUUGAUUCGCUCGAGAGGCCCUAUGUCAUUGUUCAGCACACGUGGUCGACCACGGACCAUGGGGAUGCGGCAUGGUGGCGCGGCCCUGACGCCGAGCGCGCAAAGCAGAGCUCCGAGGAAGUCCUUGCUCAUCUCGAGCAUCCGUUCAUGCAGCAUGCCGUCAUCAUGAUUGAGGAUAGCGAUGCAGCCAAAGGCAGCGGCCGUAUGCCAACGCUACCAGCGUUCUUUCCAGACCAGAACAACCCCAUGGUGCUGGCCUCCUAUUACUAUGGUCUGCAGGCGACGCACCACCUCGCGCUCGACGUUGUCAGCAAGAUUUCGGGCGGCGCGGCCAUGCCGCAGAACACGCUCAUUGUACAUUCGCGACCCGACAUUGUGAUUCAACCCAUCCAGUUGACUAGAAUUGCCGAGCUGGUUGGCAACAACAUGGAUAGCUUUUUCGGCUGCUGCCACCAUGACACGGACGCAUGGCGGGUCGAAUCCAUGUCUGACAUCCUCUAUCUCACCACACGCCAAGUCUUUGAUAGGCUGGCCACGGUCGACAUUGUUGGCUGGUGCACCGCCAACUCUGACAGCUAUGCCAUCCAAUCUUACCCUGAGGUUGAUUUCCGCUUGUUACUACAAUUCUUGAAUGUGCAUCUCUACUGGCUCGAGAGUGCCUUCAGCAUUGUUCGAGAUUCGGGCGCUGUCACUGACAUGCCCGCAUGCGGCGGUGAGGUUCCGGUUCGCGAGUGGCAGGACGCGUAUGAAGCGUUUCGGGUCAUUCGAGUGUGAUGCAAGCCAGACGGCCUGCCAUUUUCUUCUGAGUUGUCUGCUUGUUGCUGCAUGUCUGAGGCGCUGCAUUAUCUGAUUGUUGAGUGUUUUCACUUGUAUCGUCGAUUCCAAACAUGAUGCAUUAUUCUUGCUGCUGCCAUGUCAAGACUCCCACUUGUUGCCAGUGCCGGCCUCAUCGUGCUCUCGAAUAAGAGUGAUCUCG